AUGACUCCUACAGCGAAUUCUACUCAGAUGUGAGUGACACUUACUAUGAUGAUGACGUUUUUUGACGAUGUUUUGGACGAAAUUGAACUCUGGGAAGAAGAGAUGAGGCUGCUAGAAGAUGAUGGAGAAUUUCAGGAAAGUUGGGAGCGAAUGAAAGCUGAAAUGAAGAAUCAGAAGAAGAAAACGAAAAACUUGAGCGAUUGAGAGUUCUUCUUGCAGAAAAACAUGGAGAUAUCUUGGGUGAUGGAGAGCUGAUGCUAG